AUGGCUACUACUGAGUACCGUUGGUUCGUUCUUCCAAAGGAGCCAGUUAAAUCUACCACCAGAUUACCAUACUCGUUAGUGAAAGAUCUGUACAAAAACAGCAAUCGGAGGCAGUACAUGUGCCGAGAGAGAAAUCUGCAGUACGACUGCAUAUUCCGCAAUGUGUUAAUCGAUAGAGGGUCUACCGAAGUACGCUUCGGUUAUGAGGAUAUUGCGAUAAACAAACAAAAGAAUAUUACGUUCAAGAACUCGGUUAUAAGGCAAUUGCCGGAGACAUUAUUUGGCUCGUUCAUGCAGGCCGAAAUGAUCAAUAUAACCAGCCUACAAAUAGAGGAAAUCGACCAGUUUGCUUUAACGAACGGGAAUAUCCGGGAGCUGUAUAUGGGUUACAACUUCAUCCAGGAGUUACCGAAAGUUGUUUUUCGUAACAUGAGAUUCCUCAGUGUGCUGGUGAUGGACGGGAACAAUCUCACGAGUCUGCCAGAGGGCAUGCUUUUUUGUACACCUAAUCUUACCGUACUAUCGAUCGCGAACAACAAGCUACAGCGAAUCGAGGACAACACCUUCAAGAAGAAUAAAGCGUUACAAUUUCUCACAGUGUCCGGGAAUAAGCUCACCCACAUUAAUCUCUCCCUUAUUCCGAGCCUUUUCCAUGGAAAUGUGAGUUCCAACCUGCUUACGACGCUGUCAGUCCCAGAAGCGGUGAUCGUACUGGAUGCCUCGCACAACCGCAUCGUUACUGUGACGGGUCCAAACAAUGAGGAACUUGCAAUCCUACGAUUGCAACACAACAGUUUAACUGAUACAGCGUGGCUUCGGCACUAUUCCGGGUUAGUUGAUAUUGAUCUUUCAUACAACGAGCUGGAAGAGAUAGCGUACCACCACUUCUCAAACAUGUACCGUCUCGAGCGACUGUACCUGUCCAACAAUCGGCUGGUGGCAUUGAAGCUGGGUCUCGCACCCAUUCGAACACUUCAGAUACUUGAUAUACUCGAUGUCCGGCACAACCAUCUACUGCAUGUGGAAAGGAAUGUGAAUCAGUUCAAUACGUUAGAGGAGCUGUAUCUCGAUCACAACGCGAUCGUAACGCUCAAGCUCAGGCCCAAUAACGCACUUCAAAAUCUCACACUAUCGCACAACGAUUGGGAUUGCAAAAAUCUGGAUGAACUGUUUCAAAACGUGUCGGAAUCGGUAAUAAAUGACCGUGACCGCUUCUGUAAGGCAGACUACCAACUAAAGCAAGGCAUUUGCUGUAAGGAAAGUGACAAACCACAACUAGACCGCCUGUUACAGCAGAUCAGAUUGACGAUCGAUGCAGAAAAGCAACAGCGUGCCGAAGGAUGUUGCAGUGCAUCGGAUAUAAUCAAUAGCGUCCGGAAGUUGACCGAUUUCAUUACUCAGGAAGGCAUAUUGGUGCAAUCCAAUCCACAGCUCCAGACCGAAAUUAACCUACUGAAGGCCGAUGUUCAACUGCUAACGUACCAACAGUCGCAACAUGAGCAACUGCUUGAACUUUUGCACACCGAGGUCGAUAAUACGCUGCGGCGCUACCGCGUGACAAAGCAAGGAUUGGUGCAUCCGAGCGAAAACCUCCGCAAGGCGUUCGAACAUCUGAAUUUGAGACGUACGGUUAUGGAAGGAGAAACAAAAAAACGCCAAUCGGAAGCAAAUAUCAAAGAACAGGAAGUGGCAUCAUUGGAACAGGUAAACGUAAACCUUGAAUACCUGCUGGAAAUGAAGGAAAGUAUCACGCGUGAGAUCAAUAAGGAGACGAAGUACCAAACAGGUAAAGUGCAUCGUUUGGAGGCAAAGCGUAAUAGCAACGCGCCGGCAAGACAAAUAACUAAGUGA